AUGCGUUUUAUUAUAUUCCCGGCAGCCUUGCAGUUCACUACCCUUGCACUGGCUUCUACUUCUGCAAAGCGUCAAGCCUUACCGUGGCUCAAUGGUGGAAGCUGUCCAGACUCUAGCCUGUCUGAGGUAUGCCUAGGGACCGAAUCGUGGUGCAGUGCAUACCUGCAUCUAUCAGGAUAUAAGAGCCAGGACGAGUGUUUCAGCGCUAGAGGUCCCCGUCCGACUGGGUCCAAGCUUCCAUGGCAGCAACCGAGGGAAGGUUGCAUGGAAGAUAACUCCGAAUCCUGCAGGGGAACAGAAGUAUUCUGUACUGGAAUUGAAUCCCAGGAACGAGUGGCGGCCUGCUUUGUUGCCAGAGAGCUCGGUCCAUGGAUACACAGACAAACUGGUUGCUCGGAUCUGAAUGAACGUUGCCUCGGCACAGACGCUUGGUGUGAAAGAUCACAGCCUUACUGGAAGAACAAGGAUGAAUGCCUUGCGCGCCGACAACCUGCUCCUGCAGCUCCCACCCAGACCACCCAGACAAACGGUAAAAAACAGUGGCUUCAGGCAGAAAACUGCCCAGAGGUAUCUGAGCGUUGUUUGGGAUCGGAAGCGUGGUGCUUGAGUAAUCCAAGCGAGGAUCUACUAGGUAAAGACUGUCUAUCGGAACGAGAAGAGGCGCCUUUCGAGACCGGUCAAUCUAACUGUAACGAGAAAUUGGAGCGAUGUCUGGGUACUGAGAGGUGGUGCAACGAUAACUACAAAGCAUUAUACGAGAGCCGCUCUGACUGUUACGAAACACGCGGGAUUCCCAUAAGGGCGUUUGAGGAAGAAAUUGCCCGAGCUCUGGAGCCAAAGGCACAAAAGCUGGCUCGUGACUCGUUUAUCAACGUGGCGGUUGACACAGCGACCCGGCAACUAUUGAACAAGGCUUCAAUCCAAUCAGCAAAGAGGGCAGCGCAAGAAGACGGUCUCCGUAUUCUUGAUAUAUUAGAGAAGACCGUUGAGAAAGUGACUAAUGAGGGUGUAGACCGCGCAUUUGCACGCUUCGAUUGA